UGUGUGGGUCGUGGAAGGGCCAAGCCGGCCAGAGCAGGGCUGGGGAGCAGGCAGGGGGCCUGGCUGUCACCCAGAGCCAGGGUCGGAGGCGGUGGCCGGAUGCAGGGCGGGAGGCCAGGCCAGGGGCGGAGGGACUUGCUUCAUUUGCUGAGAGUGUCUCUCCUGGAGCUUUGUGGCCCGACACAGACAGACAGGGCAAGAGGAGGCUGGGAGGGAGACGUGAGCCCCGAGGUUUGUGAGCGAGUGCGUUCGCCCCGCGUGCCCUCGCCCGGCCUGCCUGCAGCCACGGCCACUCGCCCUCGCUCGGCGGCCGCUCUGUCCACACGCUCCCUGUCUGGGCCCCGUCGAGCGUGAGGACCAGGCCACAGAGCCAGCGGAGGCCGGAGCCGCCCAGCCCGGGGUCCGCCAUCCCCUAGGCGGGCCGGGCAGGCUCAGCAGCCGCUGUCCUUCCAGAGCCUGAUGCUGGCCAAGGCCAAGGAGUGCUGGGAGCAGGAGCAGGAGGAGCGGGAGGCCGAGAAGUCCCGCUACCUGGCUCAGCGCAUCCCCACGCUGCAGACCCGCGGCCUGUCCCUCAGCGCCCUGCAGGACCUGUGCCGGGACCUGCACGCCAAGGUGGAGGUGGUGGACGAGGAGAGAUAUGACAUUGAGGCCAAGUGCCUGCACAACACCAGGGAGAUCAAGGACCUGAAGCUGAAGGUGCUGGACCUCCGCGGCAAGUUCAAGCGGCCGCCCCUGCGCCGCGUGCGCGUCUCGGCCGACGCCAUGCUGCGUGCGCUGCUGGGCUCCAAGCACAAGGUGUCCAUGGACCUGCGGGCCAACCUGAAGUCCGUGAAGAAGGAGGACACGGAGAAGGUGAGCCGCCCCAGGCCCUCGCCCAGCCCGGCCCGGGUCAGCCUGGGCCCCCCAGAAGGCUCUCAUCCCCUGGGAGGCCUGGCUGGAGUCUCAUUGUUUUGGGAGGAAGGACACCGGCCUUCUUCCUUGGCUGCUCCCAGUCGCAAAGAAAGCCAGACCCAGGAGCCAAACGCCCCGGCGAAGAGGGCGUGGGGGUUAGGGGCAGGGGACCCCGCCCUCUGUCACGCAGACAGCAGGCCCUCACCGUCACUGCACACGGGCACAAGCGCGGGGGCCGAGCUCAGCCUCCCGCCCAGCCACAGAUCACUCAGACGGGGCCAGCUCGCAGCGUCCACGCCCCGAGCAGCACGGGCGGGUGAGAAGCCUGGUCUCCGGCCCAAAGCGCAUCCUAACGGGAAGCAGUGGACCAGGCAGUGUGCUGAUGAAGUGGGGCAUGAGCCCAAUGAGCAGGAGGAAGGCUUCCUGGAGGAGGCGGCCUCGAGCUGCCGAGCGUCCCGCCAGGAGCGGGGCGGGGGGCGGGAGUGGGGUGGGAACCAGCCCAUCACCAUCACGGUCGCCCAGAACUCCCGACCCACAUAACGCCCGCUGCCCGCCGAGCCUCGGCGUGGUGAGGGUCCGGCCAGUCUCUGACCCGCGUGUGGCCGGC